AUGCUCGAAGUGCAACGCCUGGAGGCCACGAUUCACCAAUCCCUGCCGCCUCACGCGAACAUUGUGACCCUGUACCGCACCUACGAGACGCCGGAGUGGCUCUUCCUCGUCCUCGAGUACUGCCCGGGGCAGGACCUCUACUACUGGCUCGAACAGGCCCAGGAUACGAACGGAGACUUGACGGCAUUGAGUAGCCCGCAUGCCAGUGGAACGAGCACGCCGCUCAGCGAUGCGGAUGGAACUCCGCCUUCACCCUCACUUUUGGCCUCGACUGCGGGUACUGCCCUGCUGUCGCGACGUCGUCUCAAGUUGAUCAGCAAGAUGUUCCGCCAGAUGUGCGAGGCGGUACAGUUCUGCCACGACAGAGGCAUCUCGCACCGCGACAUCAAGCCAGAGAAUUUCAUCGUCGAGGACCGGCGCGGCGAGGCUGAAGCUGAGGCCGGGCAGGAGGACGAGGAUGGAUUCAGCUCGAGCCGCGUUGUCGUCAAGCUCACCGACUUUGGCCUGGCUACUGCAGAGCCACACUGCCGAGACUUUGACUGUGGAUCCAAACCGUACAUG